AUGAUUUGGAAUCCAGUCAUUUUGCAAAUAGAUUAAAAGAUUGUCAAGAUACUUGUUUUAAUGUACCUAGGAGUUGUAAGAUAGGUUCUUGAAGGCUGAUAUAUUUGGUUUCAGACAUGUCAUGUGGGAUACCAUAUACGAAUCAUGAUGGACGGACAAGUGGGGAAUAUGUUCUUUUGUGACGUCGAGAAGAAACUCUUCCUGAUUCUGCAAUAGUUAUUUUGGAGUAGUCUGUGUUGUAACUGGUGUUCUUACAGCUCUUUCUUUAGUCCUCUUAAGCUAACUCUAGGUUAUGAGUUAGGUUGGUAUUUGCACUACUCAUCAAUGGACACAUUUCAGUUUGAAAUACUGGUGUUCAAUUCUGAAUUGGGUGGCAGCUAUCUCUUCAGCUGUACCAUUUAUUUGACACUGUACUUUACAUUCCUUGGUCUCUGGGGUGAUUUUGGAGAUGCUAUUUGCUAGCUCAAUAGCGAUUGUUGACGAAAACGAAGUUCACCAUUUCUAAUAAAGUUGAGACACAGCACAAUUUGAAAAACUGGUGCAAUUUGCAAUUUGGUAGCAGCUAUUUCUUCUGUUGUACCAUUUAUUUGACACUGCACUAUUUUUCCCUUUGGUCUUGUGGCGAUCUUAGAGAUGCUCUUUGCAUUUUAAAUUGCGCUUGUUGAGGAAAUAAAGUAAUCAUUCCCCAUAUAUUAAUACCUGAGUAAUGACAAGGUAAUACAAAGAAAAUGCAUAAUCCUUCCAAGCUUCAUUCUAGAACUAUGUUUUCUUCUAUUUGACCUUGCAAGUUGAAACCAGCCGUUAUGUCCUGCAUAAGGUACUGGAUAAGAAAACACCGAUAAAGAAGUCGGAAAAAAAAAAUAGAAGAGCUGAUGUACCUGUAUUUCAACAGAACCAUAUGAACUUGAAAUUUAGCAAGUGGAAUAAAUUUCUUGUCAUAAUUAUGUUUUCUCUCUGUUAUCUUGUUUAGCUAUUGCAUGGAGUUUCUCAUAUGUUAUGUUACAACUUUUUAGUCAAUGGAAUUACAACACAGUCUAAGGCUGCAGCUUUUGGCCCCACCUUUAAAAGAGAAAUGCUUCAGAAGCUUCCCUUCAGUGUUUGGAGUUAUUCCUCAAAGGAGAAAAAAACUGAGAAGUUCCAUUAUCUCUUGCUCGAAUCUGAAUAAUUUUGGUCCGUCAGCACCAAACUUUUGGAGGUUCCAAUUACUGGUUCAUGGUCUCAGACAAAAGGGAUUAAAAGCUUCGAAGUUAGAAGAGUUGCUCAAAUUUGGUAAUGGAGAGGAGGAUGAAUCUGAUUCUGAGUCUGAUUCGGAUAGAGGUAAUGAGAGAGAUGAUUACUUUCAUAUGGAUGAGGAAGAAAGGCGGGAAUGGAGGAGGAAGAUAAGAGAUGUCAUUAAAAAUUCUCCGGAUGUUGAGGAAGAGGUGGAUCUUGUUGAGAGAAGAAAAAAGAUGCAAAAGCUUUUGGCUAAUUACCCUCUUGUUGUUGACGAGGAGGACCCUGAUUGGCCAGAAGAUGCUGAUGGACGGGGUUUUAACUUGGAUCAAUUCUUCAAUAAGAUCACCAUCAAGAAUGUUAAGAAAGAUGAUGAUGAUGAAAAUGAUGACAGCGACAAUGAAAUGGUAUGGCAAGAUGAUGACUAUAUUCGUCCAGUUAAGGACUUGACAACUGCAGAAUGGGAGGAGGCCGUGUUUAAGGACAUCAGCCCUCUUAUUGUUCUUGUUCAUAAUCGCUACAAAAGGCCUAAGGAAAAUGAAAUGGUUCGGGAUGAAUUGGAGAAGGCUAUCCACAUCAUCUGGAAUUGUAGGCUACCAUCGCCAAGGUGUGUAGCAAUUGAUGCUGUGGUUGAAGUUGACUUGGUGUCUGCUUUGAAAGUCUCUGUUUUUCCCGAGCUCAUCUUCACUAAAGCAGGGAAAAUCUUGUACCGUGAGGAAGCGAGCCGAACAGCAGAUGAGUUAUCCAAAAUGAUGGCAUUCUUCUAUUAUGGAGCUGCCAAGCCACCUUGUCUCAAGGGCAUCGAUAAUUCUGAAGAAUUAAUACCUACAAUUUAAGCAAGCAAUUAUCAGGAGCUUAUAGGUGCAGCAACAUGUUUUGGCUGUACAAUCGGUCACUAAGAUGGCACACCUCCUUUCUGAGUUCUUGGCAGUGUUUUAGUAGGUGAGAAAAAUGGAGUUCAUUUUGCUCUCUUCAAGAUUUCAGUAGGUGCAUUGCUCGUUCCCUUGGUCCUUAUGCUUGGUGCAGUGGUCCUAUUCAGUUUCAAAGUGGUUAUAAUUGCAUGAAGCUACAGGGUUGAAAAUGGUAGUUACUGAAAGAUGCCAGCCUAUUGUUUGUAUAAGGUAAUAGCUAGAUAUAAGUGUAAUAGCUAUUAUCUAGCUAAUGGCAUGCCAUUUGUGUUCAUUUCCUCAACUUUUCGAGUACAUAUCUAGAGGAAGACUAUAUUUUAGAUAGUAUUCUUUUUUUCAAACUCUCAUGGAAAUGUUGAUUUCUUGUAUACAUGGCCGAGCUAGUUUAGAGUAA